CUCCAUGUGGUCUCACAGACGACCCCCAGGCAGCCCCCUGAUCUGAAGACUGUCCUCUCCCUGCCCCAGUACCCAGGGGAGUUCCUGCACCCUGUGGUGUACGCCUGCACCGCCGUCAUGCUGCUCUGCCUCCUGGCCUGCAUCAUCACCUAUGUCGUGCACCAGAACGCCAUCCGGAUCAGCCGGAAAGGCCGGCACACGCUCCUGAACUUCUGCUUCCACGCGGCUCUGACCUUCGCGGUGUUUGCGGGCGGCAUCAACCGCAGCAAGUACCCAGUCCUGUGCCAGGCGGCGGGCGUCCUGCUGCACUACGCCACACUGGCCAGCAUGCUGUGGAUCGGGGUGGCCGCUGGGAGCAUCUACGAGCAGGUGACCAGGAAAGCGCCCCCGUGCCCGGCCGCAGACCAGCCGCCGUACCCCAAGCAGCCCCUGCUCAGGUCCUACCUCAUCGGCGGAGGGGUUCCCUUCAUCAUCUGCGGGGUCACAGCCACCACGAACAUCAGGAAUUAUGGCGUGGACAAUGAGGACGUGCCCUACUGCUGGAUGGCCUGGGAGGCCAGCCUGGGUGCGUUCUACGGGCCAGCGGCCUUCAUUGCCCUGGUCACCUGCAUCUACUUCCUGGGCACCUACGUCCAGCUGCGGCGGCACCCGGAGCGCAGGUACGAGCUCAGGCUGCGGACGGAGGAGCAGCAGCGGCUGGCAGGGCCCGAGGCCGGCCACCACCCCGGGGCCCGGCCCGGCCCACUGCCCGCCUGCGAUGGCCUGGCCGCCUCCCUGCUGCAGAACGAGCACUCGCUCAAGGCCCAGCUGCGGGCCGCGGCCUUCACGCUCUUCCUGUUCACGGCCACCUGGGCCUUCGGGGCGCUGGCCGUGUCUCAGGGCCACUUCCUGGACAUGGUCUUCAGCUGCCUGUACGGCGCCUUCUGUGUGACCCUGGGGCUCUUCGUCCUCAUUCACCACUGUGCCAAGCGGGAUGACGUGUGGCACUGCUGGUGGUCUUGCUGCCCCCACCGCGGGGACGCACACGCCACGCAGCUCGCUGCCCGCCCCGCACUCGACACCAACGGGGACGCGAUGGGCCACGUGGCCUGCCUGCAGGACUCGCCGUGUCCAGGCAAGCCACGGGUCUUCGGCCGCCCACCCACCGGCCACUGCAAGUUGACCAACCUGCAGGCCGCCCAGAGCCACAUCAACUACCUGUCACCGGCCACGCCGCACUGUGCCAAGACACACUGCGAGCAGCUGAUGGAGGACGCGGCCCACGUCCACGUGCACGAGGAGGACGCCUUUGGACACGAGCCACACCUGCACAGGGGCCUCCAGGCCAGAACUAAGCCCCCCUACUUCAGCCGGCACCGGACGGCCAUGGAGGAGCGGGAGUACGCCUACCACAUCCCAUCCAGCCUGGACGGCAGCCCCCGCAGCUCAGGCACAGACAGCCCCCCCAGCUCGCUCGAGGGCCCGCUGGGGGCACACACGUUGGCCUGCUGCACCCAGGGCGACCCCUUCCCCCUGGUCGGCCAGCCCGAGGGCAGCGAUAGCAGCCCGGUGCUCUACGGCUGCCCCCUGAGGCCAGGCAGGGAGUCGGCCUCUGGCCCUGUGCACUUCGAGAUGCUCCGGAGGACACAGUCCCUGCCCUUCGGUGGCCCCGGGCAGAACGGGCUGCUCAAGGGAGACCUGUGUGAAGUCCUGUCCUUCAGUGCCAAUGGCAUCGGCAACAUCAGGACAGGGCCGUGGAAGAACGAGACCACCGUGUAG